UGACUGCCGCCUCCUCGUCACAGAGCGUUCAAACAGAGACAAGAUGGCGGCAGCAGCAUCAAUGAUGCCGUACUUCGCACAGCAGAUUUCUUCUAAAAACGACCUGGUCCCGGACUGGAUGGGCCAGGAAGUCAGCACCGGGACCACCAUCAUGGCGGUGGAGUAUGAUGGAGGAGUUGUGAUCGGUGCCGACUCUCGCACCACAACAGGAGCUUACAUCGCCAACAGAGUAACGGACAAGCUGACUCCGAUCCACGACCGGAUCUUCUGCUGCAGGUCUGGAUCAGCUGCUGAUACUCAGGCCAUCGCUGAUGUGGUCACCUACCAGCUGGGCUUCCACAGCAUUGAGCUAGAUGAGCCCCCAUUGGUGGAGACGGCAGCCAAUCUGUUCAAAGCUAGCUGCUACCGCUACAGAGAGGAGCUGAGUGCUGGGAUCCUGGUGGCUGGAUGGGACCGCAGGAAGGGGGGGCAGGUGUACUGUGUUCCUAUUGGAGGGAUGAUGGUGAGGCAGCCCGUCUCUAUCGGUGGCAGCGGCAGCUCUUACAUCUACGGCUUCAUGGACUCAAACUACAAACCUGACCUGACCAAGGACCAGUGUUUGGACCUCACUGCUGCAGCCCUGUCUCUGGCGAUGGAGAGAGACGGCUCCAGCGGAGGUGUGAUCAGACUGGCGAGCAUCUCUGAGUCCGGAGUAGAGAGGAAGGUCAUCCUGGGGAACCAGCUGCCCAAAUACUCCACACACUAAACACACACACACUGAACACACACAUUAAACACACACUCUGAACACACACACUCUGAACACACACACACACACACACACACAGAGCUGUGUUAACUUGUCAUUUUUCUGUCAAUAAAGUUUUGAGUCUUGC